CUUGCUCCUGACCUCUGUGCACACCUUGCUCUGCCUUGACCUCGCCCACACUGAAGUGACAUAAAUCAGAUUUUUGACAUGUUGUAAACUGCAAGUCACCGCUGCCGAAGUCCUCACUAUUCAAAAACUUGUGAAACACUGCAUGUCUAGCAAAAUCUACUUUUUGUAUGGGAAUAUAAAUUUUUGUUGAGGUGCUGUCUUUCAACCUUAAUCCUUUCACCAAGAAUGAAACUAUUUAAAAAUUAAGAUGCCAACAGAUCACGAGGAGCCCUGUGGCCCCAGCCUCAGGUCAUUUUGCCUGAAUGGGGGGAUUUGUUAUGUGAUACCUACUAUUCCCAGCCCAUUCUGUAGGUGCAUUGAGAAUUAUACGGGAGCUCGUUGUGAAGAGAUUUUUCUCCCCAGUGCCAGCAGCCAAAGCAAAAGUAACCUGUCAGCAGCUUUCGUGGCCCUGGUGAUCCUAGUCACGCUCACCCUCGCAGCGCUCUGCUUUCUGUGCAGGAAGGGCCACCUUCAGAGGGCCAGUUCAGCCCAGUGUGAGAUCAGCCUGGUGGAGAGAACCAAUCCCAGUGCCCACCACAGUCACAGAGAUCACUGAAGACACACCCAGUGAAGGGCAUUAUUUCCGUCACCUCACACAAGCAGGAAGUGAACCGUAUGGCGAGAGAAGGUCACCGAGUCUCCGUCCAGCAGCCCUCUCCGUCCCAAGUUCAGCCCUCCCGUUCCCAAGUUCAGCCCUCCCUUCCCCCAUUGUUGAUCUGACAACUGCUGAUGGAUGGCUUCCCUUGGCGCUUUCCCGACUCAGACACAGCGACCCUACAGAGCAACAUCACAAGGAGGACCAGAGCUGUAAAAUACAUCAACAGGCAAUGCUGAAGGAGCCCAACUCUGAUGUUCUUAAAGGACAAUAAAUACAAGUUUAGUUCUUCGACUGCA